GCGGACCCACGGAGGACGGACGUGGUUGCAGGCACACAAGCUGCCUGUGCCGGAGCGUCGGCCAAAGCCGCCGCGCGAAGGCCACGGUAUGUACAAAUUUGCAAAUGGUGACGAGUACCACGGUCAGUUUCGCCGCGGUAUGCGGGAAGGUGCUGGCGUGUACACCAGCAAGAGGAGUCACAUGCAGUACGACGGCCAAUGGUUGCGGGAUCGUCGUCACGGCACUGGAACGCUGACGAUUGAGAGUGCUGGCAAGGUUUUGUAUACCUACGAUGGACAGUGGGUGGCAGACAAACGGCACGGUUCGGGAAGCUGUGUCCGCAACCACAAGGAGAAGUAUUCCGGCCAAUGGUCGCAAAACUUCUACCAUGGAGCUGGGACCUUCGUAGACGAGAAGGGCACGUUGUACGAAGGAGAGUGGCGACAAGGCAAGUUCCACGGCGUGGGAAAGCACAUCUGCCGGGGUGAGACCUACACCGGCGCGUUUGAAGAUGGAGAGCGCCAUGGCAUGGGACAACUCGUUCGUGGGGAAGAUUCAACUGCACAGGAUUUCCUCGGCGCGGAGAGUCUUUAUGCCGGUCAGUGGCGUGCUGGACAGCGCCAUGGACAAGGUACAGCUAUCUAUGCCGGCGGCGAGUACGAAGGGGACUGGGUCCAUGGGAAACGCCAUGGACAAGCCGUCCUGUCGUGCAAGGGCUUUCAGUUGGAGGGGCCCUGGGCGGAGGACCUGCCGGAUGAGUCGGGCACCCACAUGGUGUUCUACCCAGACGGAGGCAAGUACACAGGCAAGAUUCACCUUCAUCCAGCGGUCGCGAGCACUGCAGCCUCGACAGGUCUCGGACGGCUGUCUACGCCAUGGAACAUCGCGCCAGAGGGCCACGGCAUCAUGAAGGAGCCCGAUGGGCGCCUCUAUGAAGGCCACUUUGAGCGAGGAGCCCCUCAUGGCCGUGGAUAUGCUCUUAGCCUGGGCUCCAAGUACGAAGGUGAGUUUGCCUGCGGAGAGCGGCACGGAUCUGGAUGGCUGCAAAAUUCUCCGAACCAGCGUGAGCCUACGCCGGUGCACUACGACCGCGGCGAGUUGACUCCACAACCAUCCGAGCAAGCCUUUCUUCCGGCGAAAGGUUCUUCCGGCCUCCAGGAAGAAGGAGGCGGCGCGGAGGUCAGAGAAGUGGCCGGAGCAACCGAAGAGACGACCUCGGACCAGUCGAGCAAAAUGGCACUGCCCUCUAUCUAUGCUUGCGCUGACGUUCGGCAGACCAUGCUCACGCCGACCUUGCUUUACGAUCCGUUCAUGCACCGAACAGAUUUCGGCUCGGACUCUGUCUUCCCCACCUGGGUCGAUGUCUCCCAUGUCAGGGCGAUCCUCUUCACCAACCUUUUCCCACGGAGAUGGCUUGCAAGCGCGAUCCUCUUCACCAACCGGUUGUUGGAGAUGCAACGCAACUGGCGGAUUGCCAGGCUCCGAACCGCGGGAGCUGAGGAAAGUCUCCGCUCAGAGGAGCAGCAUCUUGUGCUUACAGCUCCACCUGUCGUGGCCAACCAGAAGCUGCGCCUCAGCAUCAAGGUUCGCAUGGGUCUGGAGAACGCAGUAAGCAUGCAGACAGCUGGUUCAGUCCGUUUACCGGACGACACUGGAACGUGCGUUGCCUCAAUGCAUCCCUUCUCAACAAUGCGACGUCCUGCGGCUCGCGUAGCUGCACGUCACGAUCUCUGUUUGUACUCAAGAGUGCUUGCUAUUACCAACUUGGGCUUCGGCUUCACCUGCUGCAAAGUGAAGUACAAGAUGUACAAACGGGCGGAGCUGGGUGUGUCGGAUGUGCACCGCAUCGGGACACCAGCACCAUGUGAGCAGCAACCUCUUCGCCGAAGCAGCACAUCUGUUGUGGUGGCACAACGUUUUUGCUUCUCAGUGCGGUAUUGUCGCGAUCCGAUGCCGGUGAAACGCCCCGAACAGCAUGUGCAUUUGGGCCAGACCUUGUCCGACAUGGAUGUAGGAUUGUUGGAACCAUUGAAAGUGUCCGCGGCUGCAUGGCGACAAGGUUCUGGGUCUAGCUUUGAGGCUUUGCGUUUACGGAGCCCGCACGUCGUGGACAGCAAAAUCUUUCUUGCCGCCCGGCCUUUGCCAGCCGCCUCCCCCUCCAUACUUCUUUGCAGCCCUGGCGUGAACCGGCGAGCAGCAACAAUGGGAAAGAUCCCCGUUGUGCUGCCGAAUGCCCCCGGACAGCAUGUGUACUUGCAGACGACUUCCCCGUCCGACACAGACGUAGGCUGCUUGUUUGUACUCGAGAUCAACUACUGCCAGUGGCAUGAAGGCCCACGGAGUUCCAGCAGAAGCCGCGGGAGAGAUGCAGUCAAUGCUAUGUUCAGGGACUGCUUACAGGAUGUCAUGGUGGGUAGCCGCGUGGAGAUGGAGGCAUCCUGGGAAGAAUGCGGGCUGGAUUCCCUAUCCAGCAUUGCCUUCGCUCGGCGCCUUUCGGACGCCUUUGACCUCUCCUUCGACGCCACGACCUUCUUCGACUUCGGCUCGCCAGCCCUGUUGGCAAAAAGCAUCUGGGACAGACUCCACAACAUGGAGCCCCAUGUGUCCCCAAACCCGGCCCCAGCCCAUGCGGGGUCCUCUACAUUUGUCCGCCCUUUGGGUUUGGAAGGCAUGGUAAGUCAAACGAGGUUCUUCGUUGAGGUGUCUUACUUUGCAUCCUGGACGAGAUGGUUGGGGGACACUUGUGAAGUGCACGUGCUUGGUGGUGCCGCGCGAUGCUGGGAUACGCAGCUAGAUGCAAACGUUUCAUACAUCCAGAGAACUUGCGACUCCCGUCCUUUCGUCAUCUUUGGUCAUUCCUUCGGUUCCAUUGCUGCCUUUGAGCUCUGCAGCCACCUUCAAGAACUGCACUUCGAGAUGCCAGGAUGCCUUAUUGUUUCUGGCUCGCCUACACCCGCGAUGUUUGAGUGGAAAAAAGACAUGGCACCCUUCAACUACUUUGACAUGGAGGUAAAGGAUGCUGCAGGUGUCCGAGAUGUUCUCUGCUUCUUCCAUGUAUUGGAUGCAAACAUGGACGUGCUGACGGACGACCUCCUCCUGGCUGAUCUGAGUUUAGUGAAGUCGUACAUGCCCCGAUCCGAUCGCAAGCUGGCUUGUCCAAUCAUCGGCAUUCAUGCGAAUGAUGACGUCCUGGUCCCUUCUUCAAGAACUGUAGCGGCAUGGUCAACCUACACAACAAGCGCCUUUACUAUGCAUCAAAUAGAUGGCACUCAUUUCUUUUUCUUCAGACCUCCUGCUGCGUUUGUUGUCCUUUUGCAGAGUUGCCUGGACGGGUACGAGGGCUCCACUUGGCCAGGCCCGGGAGCAUAUGAGCUGGAGACAUUUUGGUGGGGAACGCUCGAUCUGCAUACCUACCCUUAUGGAGUGAAUCCUAAAGGGCACAUCAUAUACACUGACGGCCAUGUCUUCGUGCACCUUUGUGACCCGCUAGUGGAUCCUGCGAAGCCCUUGGCGGCAGCACACUCGCACACAUUUUACCAUGGCACCUAUGACAUUGAGAAUGGGGCGGUGUUCCACAACAUUGAGAUGUCCAACAACCCCAAUGAUCAUGCUGAUGUUCUCGGCAGAUAUUUCCACUGGCAAGAAGAGGGGCGCAAGCUGACCCUGUCAACUCAGCCAGAUCUGAUGCGUGCUGCGGGAGGCACGUUAAUUUGGCAGCUUCCCUUGAAGGAGCCUGGAGACUGGUCAGUGCCACAGAGAUUGAGCUGA